UCUGUAAAAGAGAACUUUCUGCAGGAUAGAUGACUAAAGGUAACGGAGAAGAUCCAAAAACUGGAAGCAAGAUGGAACGCAUUCAACAAGGAGUCCGGAAACGUACACUUUUGGCCAAAAAAAAAGUGCAGAGCAUAACAAAGGAUGAUGUUAAAAGUUAUUUAUUGAGGAAUGCCUUUGUGCUUUUCACCGUUGUUGCUGUGAUUCUUGGUGUAAUCCUUGGAUUUUCUCUCCGAUCAUAUAAGAUGAGCUAUCGGGAAGUCAAGUACUUUUCAUUUCCAGGAGAACUACUCAUGAGAAUGCUGCAAAUGCUGGUCCUGCCACUGAUUGUAUCCAGUUUAGUCACAGGAAUUGCUGCCCUGGAUAGUAAAGCCUCAGGGAAGAUGGGAGUCCGAGCUGUAGUCUACUACAUGAGUACUACGAUCAUUGCUGUUCUGAUUGGUAUAAUCAUUGUGGUCAUCAUCCACCCUGGGAAAGGUACUAAAGAAAACAUGCACAGAGAAGGCAAAAUUGUGCAAGUGACAGCAGCAGAUGCCUUUCUUGAUUUAAUCAGAAAUAUGUUCCCUCCAAAUCUGGUGGAAGCUUGCUUUAAACAGUUCAAAACUAACUAUGAAAAGAAAAUGUUUAAAGUAACUGUUCCAUCCAAUGACACAUCCACAGUGGCUUCUAUAAUAAGCAAUGUAUCAGAAGCAAUGGAAACACUCACUCGAAUGAAAGAGGAAAUAGUUCCUGUUCCAGGUUCUGUAAAUGGAGUGAAUGCCCUUGGCUUGGUGGUUUUCUCAAUAAGCUUUGGCCUGGUGAUUGGAAGCAUGAGGGAGCAAGGUCGGGCAUUAAAAGAGUUCUUUGAUAGCCUUAAUGAGGCUAUCAUGAGAUUGGUAGCUCUAAUCAUGUGGUAUGCUCCACUUGGAAUCCUCUUCUUGAUUGCUGGAAAAAUUGUUGAGAUGGAAGAUAUGGGUGUGAUUGGUGGUCAGCUUGCCAUGUAUACUGUAACAGUUAUCAUUGGUUUGCUAAUUCAUGCUGUCAUUGUCCUACCUCUCCUCUACUUCCUGAUCACUCGUAAGAAUCCUUGGGUAUUUAUUGGAGGCUUAAUCCAGGCAUUAGUCACAGCUCUGGGAACGUCUUCCAGUUCUGCAACACUACCUGUUACAUUUAAGUGUCUAGAAGAAAUAAAUGGAGUAGACAAACGAGUUACAAGAUUCGUACUCCCAGUUGGUGCUACAAUUAACAUGGAUGGAACUGCUUUAUAUGAGGCUUUGGCUGCAAUUUUCAUUGCACAAGUUAACAACUUUGAUCUGAACUUCGGGCAAAUUAUCACAAUCAGCAUCACAGCUACAGCUGCCAGUAUUGGGGCUGCAGGCAUUCCUCAAGCUGGACUGGUCACCAUGGUCAUUGUGCUUACAUCAGUAGGCUUGCCUACAGAUGAUAUCACUCUUAUCAUUGCAGUGGACUGGUUCUUGGAUCGUCUCCGUACCACUACCAAUGUCUUGGGAGACUCCAUUGGAGCAGGAAUUGUUGAACAUUUAUCACGGCACGAGCUGAAGAACAAGGAUGCUGAAAUGGGUAAUUCUGUGAUAGAGGAGAAUGAAAUGAAGAAACCAUACCAGCUGAUCUCACAAGAAAAUGAGAGUGAGAAACCACUAGACAGUGAAACCAAGAUGUAG